UAUGUAGACGCUGGGUUUCUAACAAUGGCAUUAUUUCGCGAUGACGACCGAAGUAGUGAUCACAGAAGGUGACAGCAAGAGAAAUAGUGACUAUAGUCUUCAAUUGAACCGAUGGUUUUUAAAACCGAUCGGCGCUUGGCCAUCGUCUCCUUCCACGACAAGGCUCGAAAAGAUCGUUUCACUUAUUUUAAACAUCGUUUGCUUUAGCACCUUGAUUCUUACUGCGAUUCCUAGUUUACUAGUAAUAAUUCUGGAAGACGAGACGUUCAACUUCAAAUUGAAGACCUUCGGUUUUGUGAAUCAUUGGUUCGUCAGCAGCUUUAAUUACGCGGUUUUACUAAUGCACAACAAAGACAUACGAAAGUGCGUGUCAUACAUAGAAGCUGACUGGCGAACAGUGACCAGAGAGGAAGAUCAACACGUGAUGUUGAAAAACGCGAGAAUCGGUCGCUACAUAGCGGCGUUCACUGCUAUUUUUGUGCAAUCAAGCGUCUUGUGCUUUUGUUUUGUGACAGCAUUGAAUACAGUAGAGAUUCGAAUUGCGAACGAGACGAGAGUUUUACAUGUGCUACCUUGUGCAGUAUAUAAGAAGCUGGUGAACGUCGACGAAAUUCCAACAAACGAAUUCAUGCUUCUCUUGCAAAUCUGGUCUACUGUUAUCGCAAAUUUUAGUACAAUUGGCAUCUUUAGUCUCGCAGCAGUUCUAACUGCUCACGCAUGCGGUCAGUUAAAUGUUAUUACGUUAUGGAUCGCUGAAUUCGUCAAUGAAACCAGAGUAGAGAAGAAAACUGGUGGUUUUAUACAAAUCGGAGUAAUCGUAGAACGACAUCUGAGGACAUUGAAGUAAGGUUUUUUUAAAAAUCUUUUUUUGUGUGGCUUUUAAGGGUAAUCAUUUGCAUUAUAUUACGUGUUAAUUGCAGUUUUAUAUCAUAUAUCGAGGAUGUGAUGAAUAAAAUCUGUUUGUUGGAAAUGUUAAGGUGCACGAUGGAUAUAUGCGUAAUUGGCUACUACAUUCUAUCGGUACAUGAUUACUAUACUUUUAUCGUUUACCUGUUAUUUUCCGCAGUGGAUAUAACUUUC